AUUUUAAAAACUUUGUUGGACAGAUACAGGGCCUCAGUGGAAACUCACACUCUAUUAUGCUUAGAACACAUACUUUUUAUGUUUCUGUACUUCUCUCCUACAUUUUAAGGUACCCUGGGUCUCCAGAUUGAUCAGGAAACUUUACAUGGCAUCACCCAGCAAUGACUCCACUGCUCCAGUCUCUGAAUUCCUCCUCAUCUGCUUCCCCAACUUCCAGAGUUGGCAGCACUGGCUGUCCCUGACCCUCAGCCUUCUCUUCCUCUUGGCCAUGGGGGCUAACAUCCCCACCCUCCUGAUCACCAUCCAGCUGGAGGCCUCUCUGCACCAGCCCCUGUUCUACCUGCUCAGCCUCCUCUCCCUGCUGGACAUCAUGCUCUGCCUCACCGUCAUCCCCAAGGUCCUGGCCAUCUUCUGGUUUGAACUCAGGUCAAUCAGCUUUCCAUUCUGCUUCCUCCAGAUGUUCAUCAUGAACAGUUUUUUGACCAUGGAGUCCUGCACAUUCAUGGUCAUGGCCUAUGACCAUUAUGUGGCCAUCUGCCAUCCAUUGAGAUACCCAUCUAUCAUCACUGACCAGUUUGUGGCUAGGGCUGUGGUCUUUGUUAUAGCCCGGAAUGCCUUUGUUUCUCUUCCUGUUCCCAUGCUUUCUGCCAGGCUCAGAUACUGUGUGGGAAACAUAAUCAAGAACUGCAUCUGCACUAGCCUGUCUGUGUCCAAACUCUCUUGUGAUGAUAUCACUUUCAAUCAGCUGUACCAGUUUGUGGCAGGCUGGACUCUGUUGGGCUCUGACCUUAUCCUUAUUGUUAUCUCCUAUUCUUUUAUACUGAAAGUUGUGCUGAGGAUCAAGGCUGAGGGUGCUGUGGCCAAGGCCUUGAGCACGUGUGGUUCCCACUCCAUCUUCAUCUUCUUCUUCAGCACAGUCCUGCUGGUUCUGGUCAUCACUAAACUGGCCAGGAAGACAAUUCCUCCCGAUGUCCCCAUUCUGCUCAACAUCCUGCACCACCUCAUUCCCCCAGCUCUGAACCCCAUUGUUUAUGGUGUGAGAACCAAGGAGAUCAAGCAGGGAAUCCAGAACCUGCUGAAGAGGUUAUAA